UCUGAUUCUUUAUUUCUGAUUGUUUGUGAUUGCAUUUUACAUUUCAUCAUCAGUGUUUCAUAAGUCACUAAAUAAGAAAUAUGACUACCUAUUUGUUGAGCAGUUUACUUCCUUUUACUUAAGCAGAUGAACCAAACUGUGUGAAGUAAACAAUGCAAGAAGCAGGGUUGUGAUAUUUAUAAAUGAGCUUGUGUUUGCAGAGGUCUCUGCAGAAUCUUACAUAACACCCAUGUGCUCCCACAUGCUUUACGCUGCACCACGCGGGCCGCGCUCCGCCUCUGUAUGCAAAAACAGGGAGUCGGCCUGCUCUGUCUCUUAGUCUCCUGAGCCUACACAUCUAUUCAUCUGCAGUAGAGUGGUAUGCAUGUCUCUGUAGUAUUUUUUAAGUUUUGCAUUGUGGCUUGUGCGAAGUAUCCCAUAAACAGACAGAAACAAUUGCCCCAACUGCAAUCUGCUUUUUUAUGUAGUAGUUCCUUUUUCAUAUACUAGUUGUUUGUUUAUAGAUUUCACCUAAUCUUACGUCACAUAGUGAAUCAUAAUUUCAAGACACUACUUCAAUGAACACUCCUAAUUUUAACUUUAUGUAGAAACUCCAAAGCUUAAAGUCAGUGUCCUUUGCAUCCAAGUUAUUUCAUCAAGAUUAUUUGAUUUUGCCUCAGCCUGAGCCACUGAUCAAUCAUGUUUACUUUAUGUGUCUAACAGAAACCAGCCAACAUCCUGGUGAUGGGGGAGGGUCCAGAGCGAGGCAGGGUUAAGAUUGCUGACAUGGGUUUUGCCAGGCUCUUUAAUGCUCCCCUGAAGCCCCUAGCUGAUUUGGACCCUGUGGUGGUGACAUUUUGGUACAGGGCCCCAGAGCUUCUGCUAGGGGCUCGGCAUUACACCAAAGCCAUAGAUAUCUGGGCCAUUGGCUGUAUCUUCGCUGAGUUGCUGACGUCAGAACCUAUCUUCCAUUGUCGCCAGGAGGAUAUUAAGACAAGCAACCCCUUCCACCAUGACCAGCUGGACCGCAUCUUCAGUGUCAUGGGCUUCCCAGCAGAUAAAGACUGGGAGGACAUUCGGAAAAUGCCAGAGUACCCCACCCUGCAGAAAGACUUCAGGAGGACCACGUAUGCCAAUAGCAGCCUCAUUAAAUACAUGGAGAAGCAUAAAGUUAAAGCGGAUAGCAAAGUGUUCCUGCUGCUCCAGAAACUGUUGACUAUGGACCCCACCAAGAGAAUCACAUCAGAGCAGGCACUGCAGGACCCCUACUUCCUGGAAGAGCCUCUGCCGACUACUGAUGUGUUCGCAGGCUGUCAAAUUCCCUACCCAAAACGAGAAUUUUUAAAUGAAGAUGAGCCCGAAGAAAAACCAGAAAAGGCACAGCACCAGCAGACCACUGCGCAGACACAGGUUUUGCCCCCCCAGCAGGCCCCUUCCCAGAGCGCCCAGACCAACGGCACCGGAGGGACUGCAGUUACCACCUCUUUGCAACAUGCUCAAGACCAGGGAUUGCCGAACAAGAAGCCACGCAUGGGACCAACAGGAGCCUCCUCAGGCACAGGGGUGUUGCAAUCUGACUAUCAGCACUCCAGCUCACGGCUUGGGUACCAAAGCACUAUACAAAGCUCGGGGUCCCAGAGCAGCAUGUACACAUCCUCGCAGCAGAGCUCCCAGUACCAGAGCCAUCGGUACUGAUGACUCAGCAGAACUGGGGGACUGAAUGAAAGCCUACUUCCAACUACAGCUGUCUUCAUAUGCACAUUAUUUGACAUUGCACCUUUGUCUUAGUAUUUAUUUUAUUUUUAAUCUAUUUACCUAGUUAUUGAGGUUUUUAUUUUGUAAAUAUUGUUAUAUAGUAGAUCCAACUAUCACUUCUUCUGCAAUUACCCCCUUUUCAAGAAGGGUUUUUAACAGCCAAAAGAGAGAGUGGAGUCAAGAUUUUGAAAUACUCAAGAACACCUAAUCCUUACCUUAACACUUAAAGAAGACAUAUUAUGUUGUUUUUUUUCACUUAACAAAAUAACAAACUAUAACAUACACAUAAAUAUUUCAUAUUUUGCUGCAAUAUUGAUCUAAAACAACCUAAUAAUAGAAAAAUGGUCUGUUAACUUCCUUUUCAAAGAUGGAAGCUAAGAGGCCCUACCUCUUCACAGUGGCAUUUCAGUGUAACGUAGCGUAUUUUCAUUUACAUGAUUUUAUAUGUGGAAAAAAUGAUAUAUAUUUUGAAUAAAUGCAACUAAGUACUGGUUUGUGGGUUGGGAUGGGGGGCAUGAAAACACACAUUUUCUCAGCACUCAAAUGCAGGAAUCAAUCAAAAUACAAAGUGUAGUAAGGUAAAUAUGAUGGAGAACCCUUAUGAAUUUAAUUAAUUUACAUAAUAUGUCUCCUUUAACCAACGUUUGUCUUUAUCAUGUAUAUAUAUAUUACUUGUUUAUAGCAUUUAAAUGCUUUUAAAUAUCUGAGUAUUUGUCACAGGAACUGACUAGGAACAUCUAAUAGUGAUGCUCUGCUUAUGGCUGAUGGAGUAGAGCCAUUGACUGGAGCUCAGCACCAGCCUUUUUCAGGGAAAAGCUCCACAAAGACCACAGGGUACUGUGGCUCCACCUACUGUUUCAAAGUCAUACUUCAGCAUCAGUAUCAUACAAAAGUAUUCAUUUGUGAAGAGAGUUUAUACUCUAGCCAGUGCGGAUUGCAUGUACUGUACUGUGUACAGACGCAGAUUAUUGAGUACAUUACGUGGUAUUUAUCAUCUUAAUCUUAAUUGUUCCAAUUCUGGCUCCCGCAUGCAUUUCUGAAGACAUAUAUAUAUACUGUACAGACGCAGACAUAAAGAUGUGAUAACUGUAAAUGCACUGAUGCCGCUCAAAUUAUUUUAUUGUUUUCAUGGCUUAAUGUCUUGCUGUUGUUGAAAUAAAAUAAUAUCAGUACAAUAAAGGAUAAGUCCACGUAUGUAAAGAGUUACGGCACACUUUCCCACUUCCCCUCAACUGAUUGCGGUGGGUGACUCUUACUCACCAACAAAGUCAGGGAUUUUGUAGGAUUAUAGUCAGGUGUAUGAUCAACCAGUAAUACCAAACAGGUGCUAAUGUUCAUCAAUGUCACAUGUAGGUUGGAACACAGUCACGAACUGCAACAGAAAAAGCUUAAAACUGGGUGAGAACAGCCAAAACUCUGCUACCAAGGUGAGGUUGUGGAAGACAGUCUCAUGUCACAGGUCAUACACCAUUUCGAAGCAGACUGGGGUUUCAAGAUGUGCUGUUCAAGCUCUUUUGAAGAAGCACAAAGAAACAGGCCCUGCUGAGGAUCAUAGACACAGUGGUUGGCCCAGGAGACUUAUUGCAGCAGAUGAAAGGCACAUCAAGUUUAUUAGCCUUCAGAAUCGGAAGCUGCCAGCAGUGCCAUCAGCUCAGAACUGGCAGAAGCCAGUGGGGCCCAGGUACACCCAACUACUAUCCAGAGAAGUCUGGCCAGAAGUGGUCUUCCAGGAAAAGUUGCAGCCAGAAAGCCAUACUUCCGAUGUGGAAACGUGGAAAGGCCAAGAAGGCAGUUUGUUCAUCAAAGGGCUCUAGAGCAGUACCAUGAGUGUCUGCAGGCAACAGUGAAGAAUGGUGGAGGUUCCUUAAACAUUUGGGGCUGAAUUUCUGCAAAUGGAGUUGGAGAUUUGGUCAGGAUUAAUGGUAUACUCAAUGCCAAGAAAUACAGGCAGAUACUUAUCCAUCAUGCAAUACCUUUAGGAGGCGUAUGAUUGACUCCAAUUUAUUCUGCAACAGGACAAUGACCCCAAACAUACUACCAAAGUCAUUAAGAACUAUCUUGAAGGUAAAGAAGAACAAGACAUUCUGGAAGUGAUGAUAUGGCCCCACAGAGACUAGCUCACAUCCACAGAAGAUCUGUGGUUAGUUCUUCAAGAUGUUUGGAACAACCGACCAGUAUACCUAGAAGAAUUGAUGCUCUUUUGAAGGCAAAGAGGAUGGUCACACCAAAUAUUGAUUUGAUUUAAAUUUCUCUUUUGUUCAUUCACAUUCAUUUGUUCAAAUGAUUAACACUUCCAUUUUUUCAUACCUGCCUAUAACUUUUUCACAGAACUGUGUGUAUAUAUAUAUAUAUGUAUGUGUUUGUAUGUGUAUAUAUAAAAUUAUUUUUAUUCAACCUUC